GCCUCUUUUAUCAUUUUCCAGGGUCAGAACAGGCGUCGACGGGAAUUCGCAUGACCCUGUUCACACAAGAUGGGGUCAUGGUCGAAGUCGACGCGCAUCAAGGUGAUGCUCGUCAUCGACCUUAUGUUCUUCCUGCUUGAGCUAGGCACCGGUUUCGCCGUCCGAUCGCUCGCCCUGAUGGCCGAUGCGUUCCACAUGCUUAACGACAUCAUCUCCCUUAUGGUCGGCCUCUGGGCUGUUUCGGUGGCCAGGAAGGCCACCACAGAUAAGUUCUCCUACGGGUGGCUUCGCGCCGAGAUUCUCGGUGCCUUUUUCAACGCUGUGUUCCUCAUCGCCCUGUGCGUCUCGAUCGUCCUCGAGGCGCUGACGAGAUUCCUCGACCCACCCGAGAUCGGCAACCCGCAGCUUAUUCUGAUCGUCGGCUGCUUGGGCCUUGCCUCGAACCUGGCUGGCUUCGCCGUGCUCGGAGGGCACGGGCAUUCUCAUGGACCGGGGGAGCAUUCGCACGGCGACUAUCUACACGGUCAUGGUGACGAACAUGCGCAUGCCGACGGUUCGGACCGCGUCGCCGAGGAAGGUCGUGCAGGGCAGUUCUCAGCUCCGGACGAUGCGGCGGACGAAGCCGGACGGGUGGCUGACCUCUUACCCGAGGCCGCCGUUGCGAGGUACCAGGGGUCUGCUCCAGCGACGCCGCCAAGACGCAGCCGUGCCAGUUAUGAAGAUAGCGAGAGUGACAGGGGGACUGCGGGCCGGAGGGAGCGACGCACGCCGGGAGCCGGUCGUCACGGCCGCCUUACCAGUAUUGACGACCUCAGCAUUCAUCCGGCCAGCUUCCGGCAGGACAUCAUUGACGCCUGUCGCUCCCCACCCGACGAAGGAUCAAGCAGCGACAGCAAUGCGGAAGACGAGUCCGCUGCUCCUGACGAGGCGUCGCCGCGCGAAAGCACGCCUCUACUUGCCAAGAACGACGGCGGCGCACCGGUACCGGCUGACCACCGAGCCUACGGGGCGCACCCGCCGACCAAACGUCCUCGGCGAGGUUCGGGCAUCCACCAUUCACACAAUCACAACAAGCCGAAAGAGCCUGGCAAGGCGCACGGGCACAGCCACGGGGACAUGGGCAUGAACGCCAUGGUGUUGCACGUCCUGGGCGAUGCGCUGGGCAACGUUGGGGUUAUCGUCACGGCCCUCAUCAUCUGGCUGACCGACUGGCCUUGGCGAUACUACGCCGACCCAGCAGUAUCCCUCUUCAUCACCAUCAUCAUCCUCCGAUCGGCACUCCCGCUCACCGUCGCCGCGUCCAAGAUCCUCCUGCAAGCAACGCCGGAGCACAUCGACCUCAACGACGUGAGGGAAGACAUCCAGGCCCUGCCGGGCGUCGUCAGCUGCCACCACGUGCACAUCUGGCAGCUGUCCGACACCAAGAUCGUCGCGUCGAUGCACAUCCAGGUCGCCUUCCCCAUUACGGAGGCCAACAACGAGAAGUACAUGGCGCUCUCCAAGAUGGCCCGCAAGUGCCUGCACGCCUACGGCAUCCACAGCGCCACCAUCCAGCCCGAGUUCUGCCUCAACAAGGCUCAUGCCCACGCCGAGCAUGCCGACACCGCGUAUCGCAUGGACGGGGGCCAGGCGCCUUUGCGGCCGCCGAGGUGGUUGCUGCUCGCCGAGUGUGUCGAGGCCCGAGAGCAGUCACAGUCACUCUGGGCAUGA